AUGAAAACAGUGGUAUUGUCGAUGGGUGCGGCACUCUUGGCGCUGCUGCCCGCCACUACGGAGGCGGCCAGCUUCCCCAGAGCCGUGAGCGGCAACGGCUAUCUGAAGGUGCCCGUGGGGACGGUGGAUCGGCCCAGGAAGACGAAGAGAGACGGAGGCACUGUCGAGACAGUACUGGAGAACAAGGAAUUCUUCUACGCCAUGGAUCGUGAGUUCUUCCCUUUUCACAGUCCAGUCGAGGUUGGAAGGGGGGGAGGGAGGAGGCGAGAGCGACGGUGUGGUGCCUGCUUCAUACCUAACACUUUUGUACGUAUCGCAGUCGAUAUCGGUACCCCCGGACAGACAAUCACAGUCCUGGUCGACACGGGAUCCAGCGAGCUCUGGAUCAACCCCAACUGCAGCACAGCACCAUCCGAGUCGCAGGCCAGGGAGUGCAGGACAUUCGGGCAGUACGACCCGGACAAGUCGACGACGCCGCCCGUGGGGCCGUUUGGAAGCGAGCAGCUCAACUAUGGCGACUCGACGGACCCAAAGACGCAGACAUCCGUGUCGAUACAAUACUACCGCGACACGCUGUCGAUAGGGGACGCUUCCAUCACGAAUCAGACGUUUGGCGUGGCGGUCAGCUCCAACGGCCAGUCACAAGGGAUAUUCGGCCUGGCGCCGGACCUGAAUUCGGGUUUCGACAGCGACCUGCCCUACAGCCUGGUAUUGAGCACCAUGGCGGCGCAGGGCGUCAUCGCGAGCCGUGUUUUCACGCUGGACCUGCGCCACGCCGUAGAUCAGGAGGGCGCCGUGACGUAUGGCGGCAUCGACCGCAGCAAGUUUAUCGGAUCGCUGCAGCGCACGCCCAUCAUCAAGGGUCUCGGCGGCGAGAGUCGUCUGGCCGUCAGGCUGAACACGCUGGGUAUGACGCUCGGGGCCGACGACGCGGACGGCAGCACGCCUCUGAGCUACGAGCUUGAGGGCACCGACGGAAACGUCCUGCUCGACUCGGGCACCACUCUCACGCGACUGCGCUUCGCCGUGGCGCGCCCCAUCCUCUCCAUGCUCAGGGCCGUCGAGGACGGCCAGGGCUACUACUACGUGCCGUGCUCGACGCGCGAGGCCGCCGGCAGCGUCGACUUUGGCUUCAACGGCAAGACUGUGCGCGUGCCGCUGAGCGACUUCAUCCUCGACCUCGGCCAGCCCGACGUGUGUGCCGUUGGCAUCGCAGUAACCACGGGUCAGCAGAUUCUCGGGGACACAGUUCUCCGCGCUGGCUUCUUCGUCUUCGACUGGGACAAUGAGGAGGUACACGUGGCGCAGGCGGCCAACUGUGGGGAUGCAGACAUUGUGGCCGUGGGUUCCGGGACCGACGCUGUGCCGAGUGUGACGGGCAACUGCAAGGAGGACGACGGUCUUUUUGCCGGAGGUCCGGUGGUAAGUGCUAUCCGCAAGAUAAUGAUUGUAGCAAGGAAUCAGCAAGAAAAACUGACUCUAGACUCCCUGCAGACCACGGCUACUACGGCAAGCAGUACCCAGGCGACUAGUUCCGUUACGACAACAUUCACCGUCUCAUCGUGUGAUCCAUCAAAUGCAGCCUGUCAAACGGGUGUGUUGACGACACAGACUCUAGAUGCAGCGGCGGCAACGGCGACAGUGACGGCAACAUCUGAUUCGGACAGUAAUAACGAAAACGAUGGUGAGAGCUUGGGUGUGGGCAGGACCGUUCCUAACCUCACGGCAUUCGGCAUCGGCAUUUUGGCUAUAUGCAUGUACAACGUUAUGAACUGA